AUGCCGCUAAGACAUUUACUUUUCAACAAACGGAAUGGGGCCCCUCAAAGAGCACCUGACCAACCAAGACCUGACCUAGCGGAUCUUCAGUACUUCUCACUAGACCACGAGGUUGGGCAGUAUAAGCAGCAGUGGUGUGAGAGCCAUAACUAUGCAGCUCAGCCGUUUAACCACGGUACCGAGCCUCAAGCAGUACAACAGACCACCACAUACAGCCAUCCAUAUGAUCAGGCCAGCAUGUUUUCUCACAAUCUGAUGAUACCAUACCAAAACCACCCAUACGAUUUUGAGUCCCACGAUCUAGGAGCCUUCUCUUAUUCGUCCGACUCUUGCGAAGUCUCGUCAAUAUCUCAAGGGUCAUUACACUCCUCGAUAAGUAGCAACAUGUUCGACGAUGACGGAGUAAACAGUAUCCAUUCUGGAUCCUCCCUAUCUCGCAAACCAUCGACCAUAUCCAACUAUGCUUCUAACGAACUAUGCCCCGCCCUCCUCGCUGGCGGUCAGGGAGUCUGUAUACCAGAGCAAUGUGGUCCCAAUGCUCCUUGUCUUCAGUACGUGCGACAGCCUGAUGACAUUGAGGACUGUGUCCCUGACCAAAUUCGUGAAGAUUCCGUCAUGGAAGAUGAGCUUGACAACCAGCCCAUAGACUUUACGCCUCAUACCUCGCCGCAAAGGUCUCAGCCGCAAAUCCAAGACAUGAACACUAUUCCACUCGACGACGACGACAAGAAGGGACGUGUUCGGGCACGGAAAUCAUCAACCAAAUUGACUAGUGGCACGAAAGACGAGCCGUCAACGUCGAAGCAGACGAAAAAGUCCCGCCAGCGUGUGGCUCACAGUCUUGUCGAGAAAAAGUACCGAGAAAACCUCAAUGCCAAGAUCAUGGAGUUAUAUUCGACUCUGAAAAGAGCGCAGCACGGUAUUGACCAGACUGAUGAGGCAGAUAUAGAUGAUAUGGAUGACGACAGAGCACCUAAGAAGUCCGAGGUUCUAGUCUUAGCUAUGUCCUGGAUACAGACUGCAGAAUCAGAUCUACGGCGCAAGGAUGCAGAGAUCGAGCGUCUGAACGAACGUCUGAAAAUGAUGGAAGGGUGGAUGAGAAGUUCUGGAGUUACUCAGCGAAUGGUAAUGUGA